UCUGCUCUCUAAAAUGUGGUGUUUCCAGUUGUUCUCACUGUGGCUUAUCCUUCAUGUGUCCCCUUCUCUCGGGGAGGUUUACACCUCAAUGAGGAGCGUAAAACAAGCGAUUUCAUCAGAAAGACACCUCGUAGAUCAUUUAGGAAAAUAUCUUGAUCAGGAAACUCAAAGACUUGAAAUUAUUAAAAGGUUCUACACAAAGGUUUCUGCAUUUCACCAUGGGACACUCAAUGUAACAGCUUCCAUAGACAAUCCUUUGGCUGCAUUUACACUUGUCAAGAGAUUGCAGGAUGAAUGGUUGAACAUAAUCCACAGCAACAAAGCUGAAGAAAACCUCAAAGCCCUGAGAAGUUCUUAUGAGACGAUAGAAAGCAGUUUGCCGAAGCUAGAAGACGUGCAUGGGGCAGCACAGGGGCUGAUGAGACUCCAGGAUGUAUAUGCCCUUCAAGUGCAAGGAAUGGUGAAAGGUCAUUUCCAGCAGAUCAGCAAUGGAAACAUACUUGAGAUUUACAAACCAUCUGUAAGCAUCCCUCUCUCUGGGGAUGACUGCUUCCUUGUUGGAAAGGUAGCCUAUAAUGAAAAAGAUUAUUAUCAUGCUGUACAAUGGCUUGAGGAGGCAGUACACCAUUUUCGAGAUGUUCAAAGGAGGCCAGAAAACAAGGGCAAAUUGGAAGAUGCUCUGGAUUACUUAGCAUUCUCUCACUACAAGACAGGAAACAUCUCCUCUGCCCUCAAUUUGUCCUUGGAACUGCUGCAUUAUGAUCCAUCAAACAGCAGAAUGCUGCUUAAUGUGGAGAAGUAUAACACACUUCUAAUUAAAAGUUUGGCCAGUCUAAGUCGAGAGUCAGGAUUAAAGAGACCCAACACCACCUACCUGAGAACAAGAGACACAUAUGAAAAGCUCUGCCAAACCCAGGGAUCUCAGCUGAAUCAUUAUGAAAAUCCAAGACUUUAUUGUGACUAUUUCACCAAUGGCAGUCCUGGCCUGCUCCUGCAACCCAUGAAACGUGAGAUAGUGAGCCUGCAGCCUUAUGUUGUUCUGUUUCAUGACUUUGUGACUGGAGCAGAGGCCCAAUACAUCAGGGAGUCUGCAAUGCCAGCUCUAAAGAGGUCUGUAGUGGCUUCAGCUAUGAACCAGUCGACUGCUGACUAUCGCAUUAGCAAGAGUGCAUGGCUGAAGGCCUCAGCACAUCCCACUGUUAGCAAGGUGGACCAUCGUAUCAAUUUGCUAACAGGCCUGAAUAUGCAGCUUCCCUACAGUGAACAUAUGCAAGUGGUCAACUAUGGUAUUGGGGGACACUACGAACCUCAUUUUGAUCAUGCCACAUCAAAAUCCAGCCCAUUGUACAGACUUAACUCUGGAAACCGAAUGGCUACAUUUAUGAUAUAUCUCAGCGCUGUGGAGGCAGGAGGAUUCACAGCCUUCAUCUAUGCCAACUUCAGCAUUCCUGUAAUCGAGAAUAGUGCCGUCUUUUGGUGGAACCUCCACAGAAAUGGCCAAGGAAAUGGUGAUACACUGCAUGCAGGCUGUCCAGUCCUUGCUGGUGAUAAAUGGGUGGCCAAUAAAUGGGUGCAUGAAUACGGGCAGGAGUUUCGUCAGCGGUGUGGUCUCAACCCUCAUGAGUGACCAGAGACAUGGACCAUCAGGAACCUGCAGCCUUUUUAUGUGAGUGAAGGAGAAAAAAGAGGACUGGCCAGACGGUAUAAAAAUAUGGACAAUGGAGGAGUAGAUGUGAAAGUUCUGGGAGAGUUGGCUGGAGUGGACUGGACUUUCAGUCUGUGUUGGGGAAGCAUUUGGCCAUCAGUCAACAGUGCCCAAAAAGAGGCAGCAAAUUAUUUCCAGUUUACUCUGCCAAGCCAUGUGGACUUAUAUUAAAUUAUUUGACAAAAUGCAACAUGUUAAAUAUUGCAGCAACAUUUUUUUUUCAUGAAUUGUUACUUGCUACAUUUUAGUUACUCAGGUGGAGGUUUGCACACUCAUACCAGUUAAAGUCUGUUUACAACGAAAUCCAAAUAAAUAAAUGCAUUGUAAUUCAUGUGUACAGCUUAAUGUAGUAUGUUAAGCAUGCACUUAUGAAAUACAACAGUUCUUGCUAGAAAAAUGCUGGACCAUGUUUUAUGAGUGCAUCUGUAUUCUACAAGGAGUCAUUCAUUUGAAUAUUUUGGUACUGUUGUGAUGCUCCUGGAAAUCUGUCUGCUGUAUUACUGUAUUAUUCUGAGAGUUUGCAGCAUGUUUAUGCACAUCAUUGAGGGCUAGAGACUUUAGGACAGUAUAUUUUUUACAUUAUAUAAGUGAUGGUGGGAUUUGGCGGUGCUGAUUGGGGAAGCAUGAACAUGCACACAAACCACUCUGAGAGGCCUCUGCUUUAGGAAUGCCAUGUUUACCAUGCUGUAUUUGGCACGUUUAUAGUAGAGAUUAUUCACUAUUCAUUAUGAUUUACAGGUCAAAACAUAUUCUCAAUGUGUGUGUCCCUAAAAAAGGAUAUACAGAGUGUUUAAAAAGGUAUUGAUAGAAGUUUUUUGUACACUUUUUUACAGUAAUUUAUUAGGUCAUUUUUUUUUUCUGGACAUCAACUUUUAACAAACAGUAAGCUUUCAUAACAAGGCAAAAACAAGAUUUUAUAUUUUGCAAGUUUAUUACAAAUCAAAAACUGAAAGCUCUCAUUUAGAUAACCAUUCAGAUUGAUUUUUAAAAGCCCUCUGGCAACAACUACGUCUUUUGAGUUUUCUUGGAUAAGUCUGAAAAAAGGUUUGCACAACUUUAUUUGGGUGUGUCUCCCAUACAUCUUGUUAAAUCCUUUUAAGCUCAGAUUGAAUGGGGAACAUCUGUGAACUGACAUCUUCAGCUCUCUCCACAAACUUUUUCUAGGGUUUCAAGCUCCGGCCACCCAAGGACAUUCAGCCACAUUUCCUGAAGCCAAUCCAGCAUUGCAUUGGCUGUAUGCAU